AUGCGCGUGGCGCCCGCGGCGGCGGACGCCGCCGCGGCGAGCUGGGCGCUAGAGGUGGGUGCCGGCGCUGCUGACUCAGCAAUGGGUGGCAGCUGUCCUUCAUCUGGUCUGCAGCCUGCAGCAGGGGUCUGCCACAAGGUGGAUCCCUUUGUCUUGCUGGUGGGACCAGACGCGGCCAGCUGCGACGAAACCCUAAGCCUCUUGCAACGCUGCCUGUUCGGCGCGCCCGGCGCACGCGUUCCCCCGCGCUGCGCACGCGCUGGCGCGGGCGCGCUGCGCGCCGUCUUGCUGGUCGGGACGGCCGGGAGCCUGGCGCAGCUGCGGACGCGCUUUCCGAGGCUUGCGGGCAGGGGCGCAUGCUACGAGGUUGCGCUCGGGCAGGAGACGGCCGCUGAGCUGGCGGCCGACUGCCGUCGGGCGCUGCUGGCGCCAGGGGGCGGCGGGCAGGCGGCGUUGCGGGCGCAUGUCGAGGACGCGGGGCGGGGGAGGCAGCAGCAGCAGCAGCAGCAGCAGCAGCAGCAGCAGCAGCAGCAGGAAGCGGAGCGAGCAGAGGGCAGCGACAAACGGGACAUAGCCGCACCCAAGAACGCAGCGGCGGAACCACCAGGAGCGCCGCCCUCCCUGGAGGCUGCGCAUCAGGAGGCGACUGCGCAGCUGUGUGAUGCGUUGGCCGAGAUUCACGGCCUGGCAGUGGACUGCUGCUCCUGCGGCAGCGCCGCCGCCAUCGUCACAGAGGAAAGCAGUGCAGCCAGGCAGGGGCACCAGCGGCGCUCAGGCGUGCAUAAGUGCUCAGCAGGCGCGCCCCACGCGCAGCAGCCGCCGCCGACCGCGGCGCUGCGGGUGCUAGCGUUGACCGUGCGCCUGCACGCCUUCGCGCGCGGGCCGCUCGCUCGGCGCCGCCCGGCGCUGUCAGUGGGGAUGGAGAGGGUGGGGCAGCUCUCCGCCAGGCUGGCUGCACAGGCCGAAUGCGAGCAUGCCGCCCCCGCAUCUGGGGCUGCGUGCGAGGCAGGCUUGGGGUCGCGAGGCGGCGACGGGAGCGCCCUGCAGCGCGUGGCAGCGCCGGCGGCGGCGGCGGCGACUCUGCGCCGGGGCCUUGACGAGCUGCGCGCGGAAUGGGGGUCGGAGACAGAGGCGCUGGCGCGGCGGAUGGCCCUGCUGCUGGGGGACUGCGUCCUUUCGGCCGCCGAGCUGGAGUAUGGAGACCAGGCCUCGACGGACGGCCGAGCCGCGGCGCGGCGCCGCUGGGCGGUCGCACUGGCGGGGCGCGGGUUCCCCUCGACAGAGGCGGCCGUGGCGCCAACAGCGCCCAAGGGCAGCGGCAGCGACGCCUGCCGCACAGGUUAUGGGGAAGACAGCGCUGCGCGGGUCGGCGUUGCCGAGCUGCUGGGACUGGAGCCUCCGCGUGCAGACCUGCUGGCAAUCUCCGGCUUUGGUCUGGCCGGCGGCCGGGGCCCGCCUGCCGCGCUCAUGCGGGUGCUGGCCGCGGCCGAGGCGUCGGGGCGGCCGCCAAUCGUGCUGGGCGGGGGCGAGGGGGGCCUUGCAGAGCUGCUUCGCAGCAUGGAUUCGGUGGGCGGCGGCCGCGGCCGGUGGGAGACGAUCGAAGUCGUGGGCGUGUCAGCAGACGGCGUCGUGCAGUGCAUCCAAGAUGAGGGCGGCGCGGCGCCUGCACCCCCUGGCGGCUGCAGCGGCGGCGGCGGCGGCGGUGGAGUUGCAUGUGGCGUUGGCGGCGAGCUGCUGGCAGCAGAGCCUGCGGCGCUCGCGGCGCUGCGGCGCGGCAGCAGCCUGGUCGUGCGCGUUGCCCGCGCGGCCCUGCUGGCUGGCGCUGUGGCACGCUUCGUUGAGCGGAUCACUGCUCACCAUUGGCUGAUGCGACAGGGCCCUGAUAAGGAGGCCGGUCGUCGCUGGGCGAUGGCAGGAGGACAGCAGCAGCACCAGCAGCAGCAGCAGCAGCAGCAGCAGCAGCGGCGGCGGCGGCGCAGCCUUGGUGUGGCGGGAUGCGAGGGACAAGACGGGAGCAGAUGCUAUAAGUCGGGGCCAGAGGAGUGUCACGUGUCAGCCGCAGCCGAUAACGACAGCGGCGGCGGCGGCGGCGGCGGUGGACGCGACGCCGCAUUGUGCUUGCUGCGGGGCGCGGAGGCGGGGUCGAACGAUGCGGAGCAUGGCUGCGUGCCCUGGGGGUGCCGUCAGCGGCUGGUGUUUGCGGUGGCGGCGGAUGACGUGGAGGGUCGGGGCGGAGGAAAUGGCAGCGGCGACGAGGCGUGGGCGGACGGCCUGCUUGAGGCGUGCUGCCUGGUGGAUAUCAGGAACGAUGGGAGCCGCCGCCAGCAGCAGCAGCAGCAGCAGCAGCAGCAGAGGCAUGCAGACGGCGCCCCCGCUCUUGACGCCAUUCAUACAAUUGGGGCGGCGGACGCGCUGGCCGACAGGAUACUCGGACUGCUGCUGCAGCUGUUAGAGCCCAGGGCGCUGCGGGACCUGGCCGCGGCGCAGGCAGCGGCGGCGGAGGCGGCUGGCGAAGCCCGGGAGCGCGGCAAGGGGCUGCUGCGGAGCCUGGUAGAGGCUGACACCUCACAGCCAAGCAGACACCUGGAGAGCCUGCUGGCCUCGGCCCUCGCCCGCCGCGCCGACGCCGCCCUCCGCGCCGCCCGGCUCGCUGCAGCCGAGGCGGAGCUGCGCGCGCGCCUGCUAACGCGGUGGGGCGCCGCCGCGGCGCGCGCCGCGGGCGCGUGGCGAGCGUUCCGCGGCCGCUGCCGCACAGGCGGGGGUGCGGCGCCGCCGGAGCGCGUGCUGGCUGAGGUGCUGCGAUGCGCAGCGUCUGCUUUUGCACCCGUGCCGGCCGGCGUCGGGCUUGGAUGCCUGGGUGGCACUGGCAACAGCAGUGUGGCAGAUAGGCCAGGGGGAGACAGCCCGCCGCGGAUCACAGCGCAUGCCCCCCCUGCGGCCGACGAGGAGCCAGACGCGCCGAUUGAUGCAGCAGGCACCCUGGUGAGGCGGUUUGAGCAGCAGCUGUCCGUGUGGCAGCUUCCGGACGGAGGCCACGACAGCGGCGAGAGCCUCGAGGACGGCGCCGGCUGCGCAGACAGCAGCCGGCAGGGGCUGUCUGGCCGCAUGAUGGAGGCGCUGGCCCUGCUGCCCAACGGCUGCGCGCUGCUGGUCCAGGGGCGCACUGGCGGGUACGCGCUGGCGGCUGUCUGCGCAGCCGCGGCGGCGAUGCACGUGCGUGGGCCUGCGCGGCCGCCCAGCAGUAGCCAGACCUGCGCCGAGGCAGACAUGGGCGGGGGGUGCACAGUCAUGCUGUGCACGCCGGCCGCGGAAGCGGCUCUGGAGUUGUUGUUGGCAAAGAGCAGUGCAGCGGGCCCGCUUCACGUUUGCCCCAUCCUGGCGGUGCUGGCGUCGGACGUGCAGGCCAGUGCCCCGGUCGUAGCCCGCCUGUGCGCGCGCGUCGCGGCGCCGGCUUUGACACGGUCGGGCCGCGCCGGCGCCGGCUGCAGGUUGGUGGUGGCGGCGCCGCGCGAGAUCGCGGGUAGGCUGCAGGCUGCGGUCCCUGUUGACAAUCUAGUGCUGUUUGGGUGCAAUGAGAGCAGCAGCUGUGAUGGGGCAGGUGAUUUUGACAACCCGUUUUACGCCCUCAAAAUGGGUGCAUGUGGGGCCGGCCGCGACGCGCGCCGGCUCGCAGCGUCGCUCGCGGCCGCCUGGCAGCAGGCGCCGCCGCGGCUGGACCUGCGGUCGCCGCUGGACGCGGCGCACGCCCGCCUGCUGGUGACCGCAGCCGCGGCAGAGGCGGAGGCUACAGAGGGCAAUGGCUGCAAUGGCGGCAGCGCUGGCAGCGGGCGCGUCGGUCACCCAGUCAGCAGCAAGGCGGCGGGACGGAGCCGCGAAGCGACACGGCCGCGCCGCCGACUGAGCGAGGAUGUCACACGGCGGCUGGUUGAGCUGCUGUUUUGCAAUCUGAUCAUGCCCAGCCGCAGCUCUGCGGCGGAGUGCGCGGCGGCGCGAGGCGCCUUGCAGGGAGCCGCGGCGGCCGCGGCGGCGGAUGGUGGCAGCGACAGCGGCAGCGACUGCAGCGAUUGA